ACAUAAUUCGUAGCCACCAUGAUUUGGCGUAUGCCUGUCACUGAGACUUGAAGACAACGAAGCGAUUAAAAAUGUGUUUGUGUAUUGUAAGAACUAUUUUUCACCAAUUCCUUAUCGUAUUCCUUUUAUUAACUCCCGUAUUAGCAGAAUGGAAUACGAGAGAUUAUAUACGUCGAGAGCAUUCACUAACAAAACCGUACCAAGGCAGCGGUAUGUCUGUUCCGUACUGGGACUUCCUAGGUAGCACAAUAGUUACAACAAAUUACGUCCGUUUGACGCCAGAUCUCCAAUCUAAGGCUGGCGCUAUUUGGAACACCGUGCCAUGUAUUACAAGGAAUUGGGAGAUUCAAGUGCAGUUUAAGGUGCACGGUCACGGUAAAGAUCUGUUUGGUGAUGGUCUGGCUCUCUGGUAUGUUAAAGAUAGGAUGCAACCGGGACCAGUUUUUGGCAGCAAGGAUUACUUCCAAGGACUCGCAAUCAUAUUAGACACAUAUAGCAACCAUAACGGCGCCCAUAACCACCAACAUCCGUAUAUAUCGGCCAUGAUAAGUAAUGGCACAUUACACUACGACCAUGAUAGAGACGGUACACACACACAACUAGCGGGAUGUGAAGCAAAAUUCAGGAACUACAAUCACGAUACACACCUCUCAAUUAUAUAUAAAGAUGACACACUUAAAGUGUCAAUGGAUUUAGAAGGUAAGAACGCUUGGAAGGAGUGCUUCACAGUUGAAAAUGUACUUCUGCCGACUGGCUAUUUCUUUGGUGCAUCGGCUACCACCGGUGACUUGAGUGACAACCAUGACAUAAUAGCCAUUAAGAUGUACGAAUUGGACCUACUUGAUACGCAAAAGGAAGAAGACAGAUCCCAUAUAAUACCAUCAGCGGCUACAUUUGAAGCGCCUCGUGAUAGAGCCGAGGACCCUAAACCGGCCAUGUCUGGCUUCAAAACCUUCCUUUGGAUGAUGUUUAUUGCCAUCGUCAUCAUAGUACUAGUUAUUCUAGGCAUUAUGUGGUACCAGAAAAGACAAGAACAUUCUAGAAAGAGACUUUACUAAUAACUACAAAGAGUUCCUAUUUCUUUGUUAUAUCAUUUUGGUUAGACUAUAUAAAAGGUCCCAAAUGUGUGGCAAAAAUUAUAACUCAUAAAUGACAACCCUAUCUUUGUAUGUAUUAUUAAUUUGGUAAUUAUUAUUUAUUAAAUAAUUUAAUCUAAAAAGCUUUACCAACGGGUGUCAAAUUUAGUUAUCUGUUUGUCGAGUCCCCUAAUAAGACUGUUCAAAUAAUAUAAGUUCUAGUACAGAUAUAAAAAUACAUGUAAUGAAGUCAGUAACGAUUCUAUCAGAGAGAUGUGUAGCUUUUUUUAAACAUCACAAUGUUGAAAAUAAAAAAAAAAAAUAAAAAAUAACCUUCAUCGUACAUAUUAGAAAAGCUAGUUAAGAAAAUUACACGCCCAUAUAUUGUAGUGUCUUAUAAUUAAAUUUUUUUUUGGUAUUAUUAAUUGAUGAUGAUUCAAUCCUUUGAACCGAUAUUUGAUUUCAGACUAAAAAGGAUUUAAUGAAAAUUUCAUGUUGAAUAUUUUUUUAAAUAACGCAAUAAAUUCUUUAUCUGGAAUAUAAGGCAUUUCAAAUAAAAAUAAAUAAUUUUUGUAAUUGUAAAUAAAUGUUCAUAUGUGUAAUUAUUUAAUUUACAUUAAUAGUACUAAAGUAACAUGUAUGUUUAAAUAAAUCAAAUAACAGUAUGUCUUUCUGAAGUACAAGUUAAUGUAAAGUUAGAAUGUUCUUGUGUUAGAAUUCAACCUGACUAUAUCCAUAUGUUUCUAAAAAAACAAGCCCUAAGAGUAAAUGUGGAUGAGUAACGUGUGUACUGUGUUGAAUAAAAAUCUUUAUACAUA